CUGCUCGCUCCCACUCAGCCGGGACAGUUGAGCACAGCAGAGCACGGCAAGCCUCUCUCCUCUGGACAGCAUGGGACUCACUCAGGACCCCAACUUUCAAAAGCUGCAGGACUGGUACACCGCCCAUGCCCUGAACCUUAAUAUGAGGCACAUGUUUGAUGCUGAUAAAGAGAGAUUCAAUAAGUUCAGCCUCAAACUUACCACAGAUGAUGGAGAUAUUCUUCUGGAUUACUCAAAGAACCUAAUCACAGAGGAAGUCAUGAAAAUGUUGAUUGAUCUGGGCAAGUCUAGAGGGAUUGAAGCUGCCAGAGAGAGGAUGUUUACUGGAGAGAAAAUCAACUUCACUGAGGGGCGCGCUGUGCUCCAUGUUGCUUUGAGAAACCGUUCCAACACUCCAAUCAUGGUUGACGGCAAAGAUGUGAUGCCGGAUGUUAAUAAGGUUCUGGAAAAGAUGAAAGGCUUUUGUCACAGGGUUCGCAGCGGAGAGUGGAAAGGAUACACAGGAAAGGCCAUUACAGAUGUUGUAAACAUCGGAAUCGGAGGAUCAGACCUCGGCCCUCUGAUGGUGACAGAGGCCUUGAAGCCUUACUCAAAGGGUGGUCCCCACGUUUGGUUUGUGUCCAAUAUUGACGGAACUCACAUCGCCAAAACCCUGGCUAAGCUCAACGCUGAGACGACUCUCUUUAUCAUCGCAUCCAAGACGUUCACUACUCAAGAAACAAUCACCAAUGCUGAGUCAGCCAAAGCCUGGUUCCUGGAACAUGCCAAAGAUAAAGCUGCUGUUGCCAAACACUUCGUGGCUCUCUCCACAAAUGCUCCCAAAGUAAAAGACUUCGGCAUCGACACGGAAAACAUGUUUGAAUUCUGGGAUUGGGUUGGAGGUCGUUUCUCCUUGUGGUCAGCAAUUGGAAUGGCCAUUGCUUUGCAUAUUGGCUUUGAUAACUUUGAGAAACUUUUGUCAGGAGCCCACUGGAUGGACAAACAUUUCAGAUCUGCUCCCCUGGAAAAAAAUGCCCCCGUCCUGCUGGCGCUACUGGGCAUCUGGUACAUUAACUUCUUCCAUGCUGAGACACAGACUAUGCUGCCCUACGACCAGUAUAUGCACCGUUUUACUGCCUACUUCCAACAGGGAGACAUGGAAUCGAAUGGAAAGUAUAUCACCAACCAUGGAGCUCGAGUGAACUACCAUACUGGGCCCAUAGUGUGGGGGGAGCCAGGAACCAAUGGACAGCAUGCCUUCUACCAGCUCAUCCAUCAAGGAACACGAAUGGUCCCAGCUGACUUCUUGAUCCCGGCUCAGAGCCAGCAUCCAGUCAGAGACAACCUGCAUCACAAGAUAUUGGUGGCCAACUUCCUUGCACAGACAGAAGCCUUGAUGAAGGGUAAAACAACAGAGGAGGCCAGGAAGGAGCUGGAGGCAAGCGGACUCAGUGGAGAAGCUUUGGAGAAAAUUUUACCUCACAAGGUAUUCCAAGGAAACAGACCAACCAACUCCAUCAUCUUUAAGAAGCUGACACCCUUCACACUUGGAGCACUUAUUGCCAUGUAUGAGCACAAGAUCUUUGUCCAGGGUGUGAUGUGGGAGAUCAAUAGCUUUGACCAGUGGGGAGUCGAACUUGGAAAGCAGCUUGCAAAGAAGAUUGAGCCAGAACUCAAGGACACCACGGAGGUCCACUCCCACGACUCGUCCACUAAUGGACUCAUAAACUUCCUCAAGAAAAACUUUGCCUAAGUUCAAAGCUUUCCCUGAACAUCUUUGCCCUUCUGAUUGGAAUGGUGUCUCUCUGAGGCAGCUGGUCACUCCCACGCAGCCAAACCAAAGGACUUGAUGUUUGUGUUUUAAUUGGGACUACACCAAAAAAAAAUAAUGCAACCGUUUUUGGCAUUUACUUAAUCAUAUUCGGUUACUUUAACACAUUCUUUCAUGUUAGCCAGGUAGGACAUAAAACAAUCUUAAAGUAACUAAAUAUGAUUAAGUAAAUGCCAAAAAAAGUUGCCUUAUUAUUGUCUCCAGUGCUGUCUUUGCUGUGUCUCAAAUGUAGACAGUUGUUGUUGAAAGCAGAAUGAAUCAUAUCUCUGUCUCUACUUCUGCAGUAACUUGUGUUUCUGAAAUAAAUAUUUUUUUUCAGAUCCUCA